ACUACUAAUUCAAACUAGUAGUAGUUUUUCCCUUGGUUAGGACGGUGCUAACUAUUGUACAAUUAGCACCGUAGCCGUUCCCCACAGCAACAAAAGACUUGGUGGAGCAUCCACUCCUCUCCUUUGAGAGUUGGGAGAGAGCUUCCUCUACCAUCAAGCAUUCCAAAAAUGCUCUAUACCUUGCUUCUCUGAUUCUCUCACUCCUCCUUCAUGACAGCUCCAAUGCCACUGGAAUUAAUAAAACCCUACCCUGUUCUUCACACAACUUCACUUCCAAUCCAACCCUACUCCAUCUUCUCCCCCCAUCUUCUUCAUCCCUCCCAUUGCCUUCCCUUCCACAAAACUAGCUGCUAUUAAACUAUAAUAUAUUGUAAGCAACAACUCUGACAGGUUUCUUCAAAUAUAAAGAAGCUGCCAAUCUGAAAAUGGUGCUGAAGAAACUGAGCAGAAAGGUCAAAACCUUAGUCACUAAGCCAUUCGACAAGAAACGCGGUAGUAGCAGCCAUCCUCCUCUGCCUCCAGCUCCUUCCUUCCAUAAACCUCCCUCUCCAAUCCACUUCUCUCCAUCGUCCCCUGAACAACAACAACUACUACUCUCCCCAAUCAUGCCUCCGCCGCCGCACCGCCGCCGCCCUGCUUUCCCAUUUGUCUUCCCGCAGGAGAACUCCACCGUCCUCCCGGACCCAUCCGUCUUCUUCUCCACCGCGCUCCUCUCUUCCCCUCUCCCCACCAAUUCCUUCUUCCAGAACUUCACCCUCAAAAAUGGCGACCAGCCAGAGUACAUCCACCCUUACCUCGUCAAAUCCACCGGCUCUGCCCUCUCCGUCUCCUACCCAUCCAUUUCCCACAACUCUGCUUUCACUUACCAGGUUUUCAACGCCGAUCUCACCGUCUCCGCCGCCGCUCCCUCCGCCGCCGAUCGCCACGUCAUCACCUCCUUCAACGACCUCAGCGUGACGCUCGAUUUCCCCUCUUCCAACCUCCGAUUCUUCCUCGUCAGAGGAAGCCCCUUCCUCACUUGCUCCGUCUCCAGAAACACGCCCAUUUCAAUCUCCACCAUUCACGCCAUUCUCUCGUGUUCUUCUCCCACCAAUUCGCUCAACAAGUACACGGUCAAGCUCAACAACAACCAGACCUGGCUCAUUUACUCGUCGUCUCCAAUCAAUUUGACCCACACCACUUCUUCAAUCACCUCCGCCGCCGGAUUCUCCGGCAUCCUGAGGAUCGCGAUCCUGCCCGACGAACCCGACCCGGGAUCCGAAUCCGAAUCCGUUCUCGAUCGGUUCAGCUCCUGCUACCCAGUUUCCGGGGAGGCGAUUCUCUCCAAGCCCUUCUCCGUCGAGUACAAAUGGGAGAAGAAAGGAUGGGGCGAUCUGCUUAUGCUCGCCCAUCCCCUGCAUCUCAAGCUUUUAUCCGGUGACGACUGCGACGUCACCGUUUUGACAGGCCUGAAGUACAGGAGCAUGGACGGUGACCUCGUAGCCGUCGCCGGCGAUUCGUGGGUCCUAAAAUCGGAUCCUGUUUCAGUGACUUGGCAUUCGAUUAAGGGAAUCAAAGACGAUAGCUACAAUGAAAUCGUGGAUGCGCUUCGCAAGGAUGUCGAUGGCUUGAAUUCAUCAGCGAUAACCACGACCUCGUCUUACUUCUACGGAAAAUUAGUCGCCAGGGGAGCUAGAUUGGCGUUGAUCUCCGAGGAAGUCGGUUUCCCUGAUGUGAUUCCGGCAGUAAGGAAGUUCUUGAAGGAGACGAUCGAGCCAUGGCUGGAAGGGACAUUCAAUGGAAAUGGGUUUCUGUACGAUGGCAAAUGGGGUGGCAUUGUUACCAAGCAAGGGCUAACAGAUUCCGGUGCUGAUUUUGGGUUUGGCAUAUACAACGACCACCAUUUCCAUUUGGGUUAUUUCCUUUACGGCAUUGCUGUUCUUGCCAAGAUCGACCCGGCCUGGGGGAGAAAAUACAGGCCACAAGCUUACUCUCUAAUGGCCGAUUUCAUGAACCUGGGAAAGCGAUCGGAUUCGAGUUACACUCGUUUGAGGUGCUUCGAUCUGUACAAGCUUCAUUCUUGGGCGGGAGGGCUGACCGAAUUUGCGGAUGGACGGAAUCAGGAGAGCACAAGUGAGGCUGUGAAUGCAUACUAUUCAGCUGCUUUGAUGGGAUUAGCUUAUGGAGACACCCAUCUCGUCGCCAUUGGAUCCUCGCUUGCUGCGAUGGAGAUUCAGGCGGCACAGACGUGGUGGCACGUGAAGGAAGGGGACACCAUCUAUGCUGCGGAUUUCACUGCUGAGAACAAAGUGGUGGGAGUGCUCUGGGCCAGCAAGAGGGACAGCGGGCUGUGGUUUGCGCCGCCCGAAUGGAAGGAGUGCAGGCUUGGGAUUCAGGUGCUGCCAUUGCUGCCAAUCACGGAAGUAGUGUUCUCUGAUUUGAAGUUUGCUAGGGAGCUCGUGGAUUGGACUUUGCCGGCGUUGGGGAGGGAAGGUGUAGGAGAAGGUUGGAAAGGGUUUGUGUAUGCUUUGGAAGCGAUGUAUGAUAAAGGGAGUGCUUUGGAGAAGACCAAGAGGUUGAAUGGCCAUGAUGAUGGGAACUCGCUUAGUAAUAUGCUGUGGUGGAUACAUAGCAGAGAUUAUGAAGAAGAAGGAGGGUGUCAAGGUGGUGGAGGGAAGUUCUGCUGGUUUGGUCACUACUGUCACUAAAAGAUAAUUCCUUUAUGUUGCAAGACAGAGUUAGUUUGUCGAAUAAAUUCGGGGUUUUGUU